AUGGCCCCCGCCCGCCUGCUCGCGCUGCUGCUGCUCCUCGCGGGCGCCCGCGCCGCCGCCGCCGAGUCGAUCCGAGAGACCGAAGUCAUCGACCCCCAAGACCUCCGAGAAAGCCGGUUCUUUUCCGGACCCCUGCCAGAUGAUGAGGACGCGGGGGGCCCUGGGCGGGAACUCGAUGACCUGGAGCUGUCUGGCUCCGGAGACCUGGAUGACUCAGAGGACCCCAAGGUCUUCCCCAAAGUGACCCAACCCUUGGUGCCCAUAGAUAACCACAUUCCUGAGAGGGCAGGGCCUGGGAGCCGGGUACCCACCGAACCCAAGGAGCUGGAGGAGAAUGAGGUCAUCCCCAAGGGCCUCUCACCACGGCUCGAAGGGAACGAGGACCUUUCCAACAAGGUGUCCAUGUCCAGCACUGCCCAGAGCAGCAACAUCUUCGAGAGAAAAGAGGUUCUGGCGGCUCUGAUCGUGGGCGGCACCGUGGGCAUCCUCUUUGCCGUCUUCCUGGUCCUGCUGCUGAUGUACCGCAUGAAGAAGAAGGACGAAGGCAGCUACGACCUGGGCAAGAAGCCCAUCUACAAGAAAGCCCCCACCAACGAGUUCUACGCCUGA